AUGGACCUGACCCCAUAUGACGACCGCGAAGGGAACCAUUUCAGUUUCCGAAUUAACGGGCACACGUUCAACACCAAGGGAUCGAAUAUGGUGCCCAUGAGCCCGUUUGAGCAUCAGGUUACCGACGAGGACUACAAGCGCCUCAUCCAGUCCAGCGUUGAGAGCCACCACAACAUGGUGCGCGUCUGGGCGUCGGGCAACUAUUACGCUGAUGAGCUGUACGAUGCUGCGGACGAGCUUGGCAUUUUGCUAUGGUCAGAAUUCCAGUUCAGCGACAACUUUUAUCCCGUGCUCCCAGAGUUCCUCGACACCGUGCGCGAGGAGGCACGCUACCAAGUCCGUCGCCUGAACCACCACGCCUCCCAAGCGCUAUGGUGCGGCGGCAACGAGAUGGCCAAGUACAGGCGCCUGACCUCGCGGAACGAGACCUACGGCGAGUCGUGGGCUCGCAACAAACAUGACGAUCCUGCAGCAGGACGUGCUCUGGCCGGUCGUGUACGAAAACACUCGCUCCGUCUCGUGGAUCUAGGCUAG